GCAAGCAGCUGCAAAUAAAGUUUCAAUUUUAACGUGAACCUCCGCUUUCUUCAUCAAUCUCACAGCAGAUCUAUCAAAUAUAUUCUCUGUUUUUUUCAUCAAAAUCAUCAAUGGAUGCUCUAGAUCAAGUGUUUGAUCCUUUGAGAGAUUUCGCCAAGGACAGCAUUCGUCUCGUCAAGCGUUGCCACAAACCCGAUCGUAAAGAAUUUUCGAAGGUAGCUUUCCGUACCGCUGUCGGAUUCGUCGUGAUGGGAUUUGUGGGAUUCUUCGUCAAGCUCAUCUUUAUCCCCAUCAACAACAUUAUUGUUGGAUCCACUUGAUUUUGAUUUUGGUUGUCUUGUUGCAAUUUUGUCUGUUAGAGCGAGACUAAUGAAGAGAACGAAAGGACAUCAAAUGCUUCGAGAUUUCUUUUGACACAUAUGUUAAUGUAGACUAAACAACUUCAUUUUGUAGACCUUGUUUUACGGCCAGGAUAUAUAUUAUGUACUCUUGCCAGGUUAUUUGGUUCCUCAAUGCUAGUCCAAUUUCCAAGACGGUGUUGGAAGUUUCUUGCA